AUGAGUAAAUAAAGUGAAAUGGAAGAAAUAGAAUACGAAUCCUCUGUAUCAAGCAACUUAUCAUUUUUAGAAGAGUAGCCAAUCAAGAAAUCUGAUAAUAAUUCUCCAUAAAAAAAUAACGCUUUUAGUAAGUAGUAAAAGGAAUCAAAAGAUAAGGGUUCCAAUAAAUAGGGAAAUAAUGAAGAAGGAAGCUAGCCUGAAGCAGCUGAAAAAGAAAAAUAAUCACUUACCCCAUAAUUAACAAAAACUUCUGAAAAUAAACCUACUGAAAAAUAAUCUUCUUAAGAUGCUGCUGAGUCUGAACAUAAUAAAAAAAAAGAAGAACCAAAUGUAGAUAUGGAGGAGGAAUAGCCAGCAGAUGAAUAGGAAGAAGUUGAUGAGGCAAAUAUUGAUGAAGAAGCCAAUAAUAAUAAUCAUACUCAUAAUCAACAAAAGGAAAGUGAUGAAGAGAAUGAUGAAGAUAAAGAAGACGAAGACAAGGAAGAUGAAGAAGAAGGAUAAGAAGGUGGUAAUAAUUAAAAAGAUAGCAAAGAAAAUGAUAAAAGCUAAGGUGCUAACUCGAAUAUAAAGAAAAAAGGUUAAUAGUAAUCUAACUCAGCUUCUUAAAAAAAAACCUAGCAAAAAGGCAAAGCAAAUAGUAGUAGUAAUUCAUAGCACCUUAAUGCAUCUAAGUAAAAUAACAAUUAAGCACCCACCAGUAGUAGUAGCAAAUAAAAUAUAUCUAAAUCUGCAAACUAGUAAACUUCAAAUGCUAACAAGUAGUCUUAAGAACCAUCAUAAGCAUAGAAUUAGAAAUUAAAUUAAAAAAGAAAUAUGGCACAAAGAUAGCUAGAAGAAGAUUAGCCAAAGACUAGCUAAAUACAACAAGCUACCCAAAAUAAUUCUUUAUCAAACGGAAAUCAAGCUACAACUCCAACUAACCAAACGCCAUAAGCAUCUUAAAGCACAGCAACUUAAUAGCAAGCUCCUAAACCUACAAAGAAACUAUCAUCUAAAUUUUACUUAUACAAGGAAGGUGUUAAGUUACCCGAUCUUAGUGAGCAAUUAAAUUAAACAAUAGAAGUUAGAGUAUCUAAAGAGUACAUACAUCGUUUCAAUAAGUAGUACCUUUCUAGAAAUAUAUGGGGAAGUGAAAAUUAUACAAGCGACUCUGAUAUUGUUUGCAUUUUAAUACAUCAUGGAUUUGUAAAGUUUGAUUAACCUGAACUUUUGAAGGAUUCUAAAUACGCAGGAGUAUAAGUAACUUUCACAGUUAGUAAAAACAGAAAAACAUAUAUCAGCCAGGAAAAGAAUAACAUCACCUCUCGUUCAAAUAAAGCUUAUCAAGGAUACACAAUAAAGCCAAACUCAUGCAAUUUCAUUACAACCCUUGGUUCGUAAGAGGAUCUAAAUAGAAACGCUGCUUUGAUGUGUACCCCUGUUGGUAGAAAGAAAAUUAAACCAAACUUCGUCCUUUAGCCUAGAAAUAUUUUGCCUAUCCCUGAAGUAAAUAUAAUAUUCAAUUUGAGUAAUGACCCAGCAUAUAAGUAUAGCAUUGUCAACUUUUGUGAUAAAAGUGAUGAAUCGAAAGAUUGGAUGAGUCAUAAACUUUAAACACAUGCUCUCUACAUAGAAAAUGAUUAAGAUAGAUACGAAAUUAGUAGAGUGCCUGAAGGUGAAAUGAAUUUAGUGAAUGAAUUCGAUGCUUAUAAGCUUUCUAGAGUGAAAGAUCCUCAACAGUUUGAUAAUGAAGAGAUGCAAAAACAAAGCAUUCCUCUUUCUUCAAAUAUGGUUGAGCUCAUACACACAGACUUAGACUGGAGUGAUUUUAAAUGGGGUUCUAAUGUUUUAAUAAUUAAAGACAUAGAAAUUAAAAAUUUAAAAUGCUUUAAAUUUUACAUAAAGAAUUAAGUAGAUUGA